AUGGUUGAAAACAAACGCCUAAACAAUGAGUUGUUGUUUACAAACAAUGACAAUGAUUUAGAAGUUGUCGUCACUAAUGAAGACUCGGACGAAGAGUGGAGGCCAUCGACUUCGGCGGCCGAUAAGCGGUUGAAAAGGAAACUUUUUCGGCCGCCGGUCGGCGAAACUCAGGCCAUAUAUGAGUGCGAUUUCGAGGGCUGUACUAAGAGUUACAGUUUGGCGAGAAGUUUAACGCGGCAUCGAUUGGAUCACAUGAACGCACCGACCGAUGGAUCCAUUGACCCGAUCUAUGAAACAGAACAAUACAAACGGCUGAAAAAGUUGAGACAUUUGUCGCGCAAGACAUCGGAAACGUUUCGAUGCGAUCGCGAGGGCUGUGAAUAUCAGACAAACGUUUGGGACUCUCUUAAGAGACACCGGAUGUCGCACAACAACCCGGCCUCAGAGGCCCAGCGAGAGAGGCGUCGGGAGCUGAAGAGUCGGUGCUAUGACUCGACCACUAAUACCUAUAUCUGUGACCACACGGGCUGUCAGAAAGUGUACAAAUUGUUUGAACGAUUGAGACAACACGUGAUCCGUACUCACAAAGUCGAGAACGUGGUCUGCGAUUACGCCGAUUGCGGCAAAGUCUGUAAGAAUAAGACCAGUCUGAACAGGCAUUACAUAGGGAUGCACUGCGAGCGGCAGUUCCCGUGUCCGCACCCCAACUGCGGCCGUCUAUUACCCAAUGCUUCCGAUUUGAAGAAACAUCAAGUUAUGCACCAAACGGAUCGGCCGUUUGCCUGCGAUUUCAAUGGCUGUCACAAGACAUUUAAGGACAAAUACAGGCUUAAGAGACACCAAUUGAUUCACAGCACUGAACCCACCUAUAAGAGAGUCUAUAAUAAGAGGAACACAUCAGAAAUAGAAGACAAUAGCAAUGAAGUGGACAAUGAUUUCGGGGAAGAGAUGGCCGCUAAUGAAGACUCGGACGAAGAGAGGAGGCCAUCGACUUCGGCGGUCGAUAAGCAGUUGAAAGGGAAACCCCUUCGGCCGCCGGCGGAUGAAACUCAGGCGGUAUAUCAGUGCGAUCUCGAAGACUGUGACUACUGCACCCACUUGUGGCCAAAUCUGGUCGCACACCGAAAAACACACGACAAUCCCAAGAGUGAAGACAACGAACCGAACAUUGGGUGCGAUUACGACGAUUGCCCGAAACUCUUCAGAACACACGACAUCAUGAGAAGACAUUACCGGCGCUCUCAUCGGAACUCCAAGAGUGUUGAGCCGUCCACUAGUGAUACGGCAUAUGAGUGUCCGCACGAGGACUGCGAUCGUCGGUAUAGGAAUAGACAGCAAUUGGACCGGCAUUUAGUCGCUCACCAAACGGCACAUCCGUUUGCCUGCAAUUUCGAGGGCUGUCUCAAGAGUUACCGAUCGGCUGUCGGUUUAAGAAAGCAUCGAUUGAAUCACUUGAGCGCACCGACCGAUGGAUCCAUUGACCCGAUCACUGAAACAGAACAAUAUAAACGGCUCAAAAAGUUGGGACAAUUGUCGCGCAAAACAUCGGAAACGUUUCGAUGCGAUCGCGAGGGCUGUGAAUAUCAGACGAAUGUUUACCAAUAUCUUUGGGCACACCGGAGGACGCACUACAACGCGGCCACAGAAGCCCAGCGAGAGAUGCGUUGGGAGCUGAAGAGACGGUGUUAUGACUCGACCACCAAUACAUAUAUCUGUGACCACACGGGCUGUGAGCGAGUGUACAAAUUGUUUGAUCGAUUGAAACGACACUUGAUUCAUAGCCAUACAGUGGAGAAAGUGGUCUGCGAUUACGCCGAUUGCGGCAAAGUCUGUAAGAAUAAGCACAGCCUGAAUAGGCAUUACAUAUCGAUGCACUCCGAUCGACAGUUCGCGUGUCCGCACCCCAACUGCGGCCAUAUAUUACGCAAUGCUUCUGAUUUGAAGAACCAUCAAGUUAUGCACCAAACGGAUCGGCCGUUUGCCUGCGAUUUCAACGGCUGUCACAAGACAUUUAAGGACAAAUACAGGCUUAAGAGUCACCAAUUGAUUCACAGCACUGAACCCACCGUUAAAUGCACUGUCGAUGGAUGUACUCAACUAUUCUUAACCCAGUAUUUCAUGAUUAGACACCGCAUUGCUGUCCAUAACUUUAAGCCAUACGAUACGAAAAAACAUACGUUUACGUGUCAGUGGCCGGGAUGUGAGUACACGACCCAAAUUAAGCACCGAAUGGACUUACAUAAGAACAUGCAUACGGGUGAACGACCCUAUGUCUGCGAAUGGCCCGAAUGCGGCAAAGGGUUCAACGAUCCGAGUGGUCUGCGGACACAUAUGAAUAUACACCAGAAUGUGCAGCCAUUCGCCUGUCAUUGGCCCGGAUGUACGUACAGGUCAUCCGAUCACUCGUCGAGAUAUAAACACAUGAAAUCAGUUCACAAAAAGUGA